CUGCUGGAUGUUCCAGAUGAGACUGGACUGUCGCUUUAAGAGGCGCCGCGCGUUCGUCUUUUGGGAAGAAUCCCUGUCAGAGAGAGAAAAACGGAGGAGGCAGCGGGAGGAAGGGUUUGCGCCAGCUGACGACAUUAACCACCUGAAGUUGAUGGUCGCCCAGUACGAUGAGGGCAUCUGAGGAAUGGAGUACAUGAAGUAGAACACCUGCAUCACUGCGCACGAUUGUUCUCCCGUUGACUGGACACAGCGAGCACACGCCGGUGAGCGGCCAAGAGCGUCGAAGGAAUGUCGGAAAAACACGGUCUCGAUGAUUCCAGCCGCCAGACAAUGCAGCCCCCUCCGUAUAUCCCCGGCCCACAAGACCCCAACAUGCCUCAGCAUCCAAACAUGCCUCCUGCCCCAGGAACGCAGCCAAACUACCCCCCUCCGCCGCCACCCCCUGGCUCAGAGGGAUACCUCCAAGAGACUCAGUUCCACUGCAACUCAGUGCCCCCGCCUGGACCCCCACAAGGCUACACAGUUCAGACUCAGGGCCCUGGAGGCACCAUACCUCACCCACAGGUGGGAUAUAUCCACCCGGGCUAUCCACUCCAGCUGCAGCCCUGCACUGCUUAUGUUCCCGUCUACCCAAUGGCUUCGGGCCAGCCCUAUAUGCCCGCUGCCGGGGGUCACCCAGCCAUCCCCCCAAGCCAGAUCCAUCCCAUGCAGAUGCCCCCCAGCAUCACCCUGAUGGACCGCCGGCCUCCUCAUGACUAUCUGCCCAUUGCUGUAUUGACCACGGUCUGCUGCUUCUGGCCCACAGGAAUCAUUGCCAUCAUCAAGGCUGUCCAGGUGCGUACGGCGAUCGCCAGAGGGGACAUGGUAACGGCGGAAAUAGCCUCCCGUGAGGCCAGAAACUUCUCUUUCAUCAGCCUGGCUGUGGGCAUCGCUUCCAUUGUGCUGUGCACCAUCCUCACCGUGGUGGUCAUCAUCGCCUCACAGCACCAUGACGAUGACUGGGAGCCGUAGUUGCACACUGGUGGGAGACGGCAGCUUGUCUUCUAUAGCUGACUCAGUCAGGUUGGUGGGAUUAGAUGGAUGAUGCGCUCCGAUGCAACUGCUUGCUGCUAAAAACACAGAGUCCCCUCCUCUGAGUUACACUCACUCACACGCGAAACACAAGAACAAAUCGAAGCAGCUGUCAAACGUGGCCCCGCGUUAGUCUUAACACAACCGCAGCAAACAAAACAGACAGAUCGCCGUUUGUAUCAGACACCCAAACGACAAAGUAGAUGCAGGAUUCAAAGAGUCAUUUAAUUAAAACCCCGUCAUAGCGAUCUACUCAUGCGUGUCUUUACAAAAAAUAAAAGCAUGCUCAGUCCAUGUGCACUAUUGACAGACAGGAGGGUGUUAUCGCUGCUGCUGCUGCUCAGUUUGAAAGUGUGUGUGAGCAACGGAUCAAUAUACAUUCACACACCAGAUGGACUGACAAACCAAAUGUGUUUAUGUGCUCGUGCUUCAAGGACAUUUCCGUUGAAUGAAAUGAUACAGAUGUAUUAUAUGUUUAUUUAUUCUCUUAUUUAAUAGGAUGUGUUGGCUACCAUUCGCAGUAGAGCAUUAGUUUAUUUCCGCCGACCAGGGACUUUAAAACAGUAUGUGAAGAUGUCAUGCAGGCAAUGCUUUGUUGAUACUUUUCUAUGGUGCAUGGUAAAGUCAUUUGAAUUCUGAGGCCUAGCUGUUGGUGGAAGCACGCAACGAUGUCAGUAGAGAAUGUGGUGCAGUAUUUUUCAAAACAAGAGUUGCUAAUAGAAGCAACGCAUUUCUUUCUGUCUGAUGAUAAUGAUGAUGAUAAUAUCUGCCGAUGGCUGCACUCACCUCUAACCAAGCAGUUACAUGAAGUCAUUCAUUUGAAAGCCGGCUCACAGUGAGGGACCUAAUUGAGUGUACUGUUCCAGUGAUAAUACAAGUAGUUACAGUUGACAUAGUAACAGUAGGUGUGGGUGGUGUAGAGGCCUUGUUUCUGUCCCGUCCAGACUGGAUUUACUGCACCUUAAAGUCAGCCGCUCAGGUCAUCGGUUCCAACCUGAGUUCCAGCAUCCAUGCGCCGGCGAACACAGCUGGGGAGGGUGGCGUCUGCUGGAUCAUCAAAACACACUGACAAGUCAAGUGAGCAUAGCUGUUCUGUGAGUAGGGCUUGUAAGUAUAUUUCCCCAAGUAUUGAACAAACCUCUGUUGUGUUGCACAUCUCCGAGCUAUUUAAUCAACACUGUAUGUGGAACUUUAGUGCAGUCUUAGAGUGAGGCGACAGAACCCUGCAUGUUCCUUCCUACAGUGUCUGCUCCACUUGAUAUGGUGUCACGCACAUGCACUGUGACCCGCUGGAGUCAAAGCUGAAUGUUUGAAAGGAAAAGAGGGCAUUUCAGGCUUAAACCAUCGUAGCAUUUGGGUCUCGGUGGCGUCUCCUUCUUUCUCUCUGUCCACUUUUCUCCAGCGUGAUCGGACCUGAGAACAUAUCUGCUCCUCUUCUUGUUAGAAUUAAGACUACCAUGAUGGGUUUUACUGAAUAUAAAGUUAUGUGUUUAUUGACAGAUAUAGACAAAGUAUUAUUUUGCUAUGGAAGGUUGUAUAGUAUCACUAAAGUAUAGUUUUUUCACUCGGGUCUGUAUUUAUCAGCAUAUAAAAGGAUUCUUCUGCUGUCAGCGCACGGGCAUGUGUCAUUUAUGUUCUUCAUUUUUCAUGAGGUGACUGCACGAGCAUGUCUAACUGUUUGAACGGCACAACCUCUGUGACCCUUGAGACUUAACUAGUUUUCUGAAGACAAACAGUCAGGACAAUAUCAGACAGUAUCUCCUCAAUAUUUUUCUUUACUUUUUAGCUCAGGUCAAAUCUGUAAAUGUAAAUUUAUGAACUGCACGUCACGUAAUGAGAGAGGCCAUAGGGGUUGGUCUGCACUUCUAUUUAAGGCCCUUUGUGAAACAUUUUGGUGUUCAAAAAGAAAAAUAAAUCCUUAUCACUGUAUCAUAAUAGAAAUUAGGCAUUAUGAAUUUGGAUAACACUGACAGGAGAAAUCAUAGGAGAAAACUAUGUAUCAACAACUAACUAAAGUUACUAAACUAAACUAAAGUUAGUAAGAAAGAAAGUUAUAUAUAUAUAUAAAACUGUGUUUGUGGAGGAUCACAGAUGGCCAUUUAGCCGAUAUAUAUACAUAUUACAUAUACAAUUACAUGAUACAAAGACUUAGUUGCUUAUGUUUUAAUGCAUAUACAUUUCAAAGUUUUUGAACCGCAUGAGUCAGCUGAAAGGUAAGGAGUGUGCGGAUUGCUGAGUCAUCACAUUGCAAGGAUUUUAUGCAGAUUAGUGACAACCUGAGAGGAUCCUAAUGGGCUUCAUAAUGAAUGCUAAGUUAUCAACUUCAGUGAAGGACUGCCAACAAAACAAAAGUGAGUGGGGUGUUUUACAGUCUCAUUUGUGUACAAGCCGUUUUCUGAGCAAAUGCUCGUGUGAAUUUUUGCAGGCUCUCAGCAUCAUGAAUGAUUUUCCUCAGACGCCAUGCCAGCUGCUAAAUGAGCGAUAAGAUCCUGGGGCAUGCAUUGGUAAAUACAGACCCUGUCCUCAUUCCAGUGUUGCGUAUGAAGCACAGUGCUGUCUAGUAUGAAUAUUGUACGGAGGAUCGGGGCAAUGGACAUGUCCUUCGAGUCAUUUCCGGCAUAUCUAGUUGAUUUUAGCUCCCCACGUCUUCUCUGAUUCCUCAAUGCUCAGCAACAGCUUUCGUUAUAUUCCAUGAUAAGCUUGUAAAUGCAAUGAGUUGUUUGUUCAAAGAGGUGCCAAAAACCUGCAGUGCACAUGUGACUUGUGGGGGGUUGUUAUUCAUGGAAGUGUUUGGCAUUGUUUCUUCGGUUAUUUUAAUAUUAAAUAAAAGAAUAAGUUGUGAACAAUGUUGUGUUCAGACUCUCACGUUCUUGUCUCCCUCCUGGUCCUGCUCCUCUCCUCACUUAUUUGCUAUUUAUAGUUGACCCCGAUUUUCCUCCCGCCGUCUCUCGCUGCA